ACUAAAAGUCGCUCAAAAUUCAGCUCUGAAAUUGUUUUGGAAUUUCAAAAAUAAAUUACUAUCAGGAAGAAGGAGACACCAGUUUCAAUUUUCGGGACAAGUAAAUUCAGUGUUUGCUAAUUCUGAAAACAGAAGCCGAUUGCCUAUCGUGCUAUUCUUUAAAAGGUACUUUUCAGUUUUAGAAGCACUAUAAAUUGCUCCAAACCUUGCUCUGACGUCGAAUGACUUGUUCCUCGACGUUUUUAAAAUAUCCCUUGGCAGUUUUGGUUCAAACUCCCGCUACAUACAUUUUGAUGUAUUGCAAUGCAUCCCCAACGGCUUUUCCUGCUGUACGUUGUUUCCAAUUUGGGAAAAAGGUAUUGGGAUUGUAAGCUACCUAUUAUCGAAGCUCAGAUAGAACUGUCCAGUACCUUUGUUUAUGACCAGAAAAUGAGCACGAGCGGCAGCUCUGCGAGGAAUUCGCACCUCAGCCAGGGGGGACGAAUGAUAAUGAUGCCCACGUAUGUGAACCGAUCCGUAUAAACAUGUAUUGCAGAGCAAACAUAAUAAUCAAGAAAAAAAUACCCAUGGAUUCAUUGAAGGAAGGAGUGACAAAAAUUUCAGAGUUGUAAAUUUAUUCACGGGCAGUAUUUUUGGGAUAAUUUUAUUUUGCACUGUGAUGUUAUUCGGUUUACAGGCAUGGUCAUCAUUGUCGUUCAUCCCUCCUGGGUGAGGUGCGAAUUCCUCGCAGAACUGCCGCUCGUGCUCAUUUUGUAGUCAUAAACAAAGGUGCUGGACAGUUCUUUCUGAGCUCUGAUACGAGGUAGCGUCCAAUCUCAAUACUUUUUUCCUGAGUUGGAAGCAAGUAACAGCAGUAAAAGUCGUUGAAAAUGCAUUGCAAUACAUCAAAAUGUAUGCAGCGGGAGUUUGAGACAAAACUGCCAAGGGAUAUUUUAAAACUGUCGAAGAACAAGUCAUUCUACUUCAGACCAAGGUUGGGAGCAAUUUAUAGUGCUUCUAAAACUAAAAAGUACCUUUUAAAGAAUAGCACGAUAGGCAAUCGGCUUUUGGUUUAAGAAUUAGCAAACGUUGAAUUUACUUGUCCCGAAAAUUCAAACUGGUGGCUCCUUCUACCUGAUAGUAAUUUAUUUUUGAAAUUCCAAAACAAUUUCAGAGAUGAAUUUUGAGCGACUUUUAGUUACGGACUUCUGCUCCAACGAUUUUUCUGAAAUUCCUCUGGCAUAUUUAUUAUGUCAAUUAAAGCCGAUACCAGAAAUUUCAGUAAAAAAUAUCAGCAAAUUUUUUUACUAGACGCGAUUUUCUUUGAACAGUAGGGUUCUUUUAAGCGCUAAUUUCUCACGAAAUAUUUACCAUCAAUGAAAUCGGAAUAUUUCGUAUUAUUGCCGAAUGAUAUCUGUUGCUUUUUGCAAAGUUUCGCAGCCAUGACGUUAAAAACCAAAAAGUUAUCACCGAAAAUUUGUCACAGCAAAAUGCUCUUGUAUUAAUUACGGAGCCACCUUAAAUUUAUUCUGGGGCAGGGUUUUUGUCCACUGAAAAUAAAAAUUACUCAAUUUCCUUAUGGAUUCCGUGUUAAUUUCUUUUUUUGUUUUAUUUAGUAUUCUCCUAUUUUUUUUUCUUUUUGUCUGAUGCUUUGUUAUUUCACAAGCAGAGCAAAUGAAGAAAUUUUCUCCAAGUACGAUAUUACCGAUUAUUUCUCCAUUUCAGUUCAACUAAAAACUAUUGUUUAUUUGUUGUUCACUUAUUUACUAGGUGAAUGAUAAGAUUUCCACCCACACUGACUGUGGUUGUGCUGAUUUAAAAGAUAAAGUUUUAGAGGUAACAUUACCAGUGUUUGCAAGUAAAGCUCACCUAAAAAUUCUGCCGUAAGAAAACUGCGAAUUGCCAUCCGGGGUAUAAAAUAGUUACUAUUUGUUUCCAUUUAGCCAUUGGACUCCUUCCCGGCUUGCAAAGCAUUUCUAACGAAUACCUGCAAACGAAUUCUUACAGUGGGAAUGUUCAAUUUAAGAACGCUACGGAGCAGUAUUUUUCUUUGAUGCUGUUUAUAUUGCUGUGUGCUUUACUGAUGGUCUGGAGAGAAUCAACGGAGGUGAACUAUAAAGUGGUGGUAAUAUGCCGCAUGUGAAAUAUGUUACGUAUCAGUAAAAUACCUUUGCCGGGUAAAGCCGAGUCAGAUUUCUUAGAUGAUGUUGAAACAACUAUGUCAGCUUUAGGCGAGCAAAUGUUAGUUAAGCAGUCUUUCGAAGCGACAAUGACUGUUUCAUCAAGAGUUCAAGCUGUAAUCAGGUUCCUCCAGGUCGUUCUGUCCUUUGCCCGCUGCCUCCAAGAAUCUACUAAAAUGUUCUUCCGCUUCAGGUUUCUUUUCACGAGCAAAUGUAGUGAAGGAGUAUUAGUAAGGAGUGGACAAUUGAUCCAUUCGAUCGAUCUGUCUGUGUGCUGUAACUUUUCUUUACCUAUUAAUUUACAUGUGUUUGCGAUCAGUUUACGGAAAAAAUCCGGACAAGUAUGAAACGCGGAGUAAGAGAGUCAGUUGCUCGCAAGCUCUAAAGUCUGAGAAGCACGUGUAUUUAAUCGACUGACCAAGAAGAUAGAUAAGAACCACCUCGUACCGCAUAAACAGUAUAGGGUGGUUCUAACUCUAUAUGGCCAGUGGAUAAAAUACCGUGAAAAUGUUAGGCUUUGAAUUACAGAAUAAUUCAAAGUAAAUUACGUUUUUUAAACAAAAACUGUAUCUUGGACUUUUAUUUUCAAGUGCAGUUUUGAAAAAUUUUUAAAGGUUAUUUUGUCUUUUUUUUUUCAGAUGCUCUACACUUCGUUUAUUGCUAAUGAUCCAGAAGUAUCUGACCUCAGUGGUCAAGAUAAAGCAAGAACUGAGGUUAUUACUGUACAUAAUGAUAUUUAAGGGUGGUACGUGAAAUCAGAAAUCAUGUUUUGACAACGGAUGUAAAAUCAAAAGACCGAGAUAUGUCACGCUAUUUAGUCAUCAAGAACCGUGGCCACUCGAGUUAAAUGAAUCAUGAAAAUAGUUGCUUCGAACAGUGAAGAAAUACUUGAUAAACAAGGCAAAUACGAAAAAAAUUUGCGGAUAGCCGAAACACGGGCGAUUAGCGCUAACCCAGGGUUAAAUUUUAAUCCCUGUUUCUUUUUCUUGUGUUCAAAAAAAUUUUCUCGGAUAUUUUUCUUUAUUUCUUUUCAGAACAUUCAGUCACUAAAUUGAAGACAAAAAGAAUUAAACUCAAUUUGCUUUGUAUGCUUUUAUAUCUGAUUUCAAAUUUUGCACUAACCCUAGGUUAUCUUAACCCUGCUUUGAACAACUCGGCCCUCUAUAGCCCGUGGACACAGACGUAUUUCCGGUCGUCGCUUCUCUCCACCCGAAAAGUUAGAAUUUAAGCUAAGUUCCCCAUGUUUCUUCUUUUUAGAGUUAACGAAAAUGUUUUCGAUUUCAGCACACUCCUGCCUAAACUCAAAGGUUAAAAUUCUGCCUAAUUAUCAGUAAGAGAAGAUUUGCAGGGGACUGAAAAAUAUUUUUUUUUCUCCUCAGGACUGUAAACUGCGAGAAAAUUCAGCCGCCGAUGGCGAGGACACUUUCAGUUUUGAACAGAAGUGGUUUAGUAAUUUACUGUCUGACAUGCUGAGUGAAAAAAGCUAACGCUUUCUCCAGUGACGGCGAAAUUUUAUUUUUCAUUUUGUUUCACAUUGAUAUCUUAACACCUACGAAUAGUAAUGGUCGCUUUGUAAUACAACAGUG